AUGAAUACACGUCAAAAUCCAGGUAAGAAAGACGGUGUACUUACGUUGAAACAGCUUCAAUGUUUUCAGUGUGAGUGCACGGCUAAUGUUGAUUCAAUGUCUGACGAGGUUUAUUCAGUUGUACGUUUAAACGGUAACAUUAAAUGGUUCUGUGAUAAAUGUGUAAAAAACGUUUGUGACAUGAAACUGUUAUCUAAAUCUAUUGAUGACAUAAAAGUUACGUUCAAUGAAAAGUUAGACAAACUCAACGAUGUUAAUGCUUCAAUUAAGACUAAAUUGGAAGAAACUGAUUUGGGGCUGUUGAAUAAAUCGAUUGAUGAAAUCAGUAAAUCACUUGAUGAGAAAGUUAAUGCCAUCAGUGCCAACCAUGUCGCUAUAAAAUCGCAGCUGGACUCGAUUGAGUUCACAUCGGGAAAAAAGUUAAAUCAAGAGAUAAGCGGCCUCAAGUCUGAAAUGAUGAGAUCUUUUGCUAGUGUGGUCAGCACUGAAGUGAAACAGAGUGCUAAAAUCAUCAAUGAAGAUCUUAAAAAUGUCCGAAAAACACUAAAUGAUGUUGCCAAUGCUAAAGAAAGAGAGGCUAAUGCGAUGCUGUUCAGGCUGGGAGAAGGCCUUGAUGACAAGGAUCGAGUCAUAAAAAUGAUUGCAAAAUUGACUGAUGACACUGUCAACGGAAAAAAGAUACUGAAAGUUUUUAGAUUGGGUAAGAGAGGUGAAGGAGUUGUCAGGCCAAUCCUCAUCAAGUUUGAUGAUGUAAAAAGCAAGGAAUAUUUCUUUACCAAUUUGUACAUACUCAGAUCUUUGAACGAAGAUUUUGCACACGUCAAAUUGAGUCAUGAUUUGACUGUUGAUCAGCGCAAGGAGCUGAAAAGAAUUUUAGAUGAUGCAAAGGCGAGAGAAACCAACUGUAAAGAGGGUUUUUAUACAGAGUGCGAGGGGAGGUGGGAAGGAUCUAAUGUUAAAUACAAUGUUACGAUUGGACUGUUAAAUGUCAGGUCAAUUUCAAAGAGGGUAGAUGAUGUUCAUGGGUUACUUUGUGAUGGAUUGGAUAUACUGGUUUUAACGGAAACAUGGCACGGGUUGGCUGGGAAUAUUUCUAUCAAUCUGGCCAUGCCUGCUGGAUAUCAGUUUGUUGAUUUUGUUAGGCAGCAUGAUCCAGGCCUCGGUGGUUUGAUAGUCUAUUUUCGUAAAGAAUUCAAGUACAAAAAAAUAAUUCUUCCACAACUUACUACACUUGAAGCUGUUGCUAUCCAAUUUUGGGUCAACGGAAGUACAUUCAUUCUGAUUGUUAUAUAUCGACCUGGCUCAGCACAACUGUCUGUUUUAUUUUUUCAAGAACUGGUUUCAGUUUUAGAGCAGAUUACAGUCUUGGGUUCUAACGUUUUGCUCAUGGGAGAUUUUAAUGUACAUCUCGAAAGAACUGAUGAUCCAUAUUUCAUCCGAUUGGGUGAGGUAUUUGAAACCUUCCAGUCAUGGAAAAGUCUGGACGGAAAUCAACUGGCUAGGGCUGUUUUGGAUUCUCCAAUCUUUGGGCCUUGCGCUAUUAAAAUAAUUUAA